CACCUCCCCCCUCACCCUCUCCGCUAUUCAAACACGCCGCCCUCGCUCGAGCAAGACAACAAACCCCACGCGAAGCAAAGCAAAAGCGAAGCAGAGCGCCCCAACCCGAGCCCCGACACCGCGAGCGGCUAGGGUUCCCCGCCGGACGGCAUUGCGGCCACCGGCGGACCCGGGGGGCGCGCGAUUUGGAUGGUGGGCUGAGGCGCCGGGGCCCAGAUCUGAGAUGGCAGACGGCGGCGGCGGCGGCGAGGAGGGGAAUGCGUCGGCGCACAGGGGCUCCUCGCGCAGGCGCGGCGCGGCGCAGGUGGGCCUGGACGCCGACGAGCUCCUCACGCUGAUGCACGGCUCGGAUCCCGUCAAGGUCGAGCUCAACCGGCUCGAGAACGAAGUCAGGGAUAAGGAUAGGGAGCUGGGCGAGGCGCAGGCGGAGAUUAAGGCGCUGCGCCUGUCGGAGAGGGCGCGGGAGAAGGCCGUCGAGGAGCUCACUGAUGAAUUGGAGAAGCUGGAUGAGAAGCUCAAGUUGACAGAGUCUCUCCUCGAUAGCAAAAAUCUAGAACUGAAAAAAACAAAUGAUGAGAAAAAAGCAGCUAUGGCAGCCCAGUUUGCAGCAGAAGCAACACUGCGUAGAGUACAUGCAGCCCAAAAGGAUGAUGAUAUGCCACCUAUUGAAGCCAUUCUUGCACCACUUGAAGCUGAGUUAAAGCUUGCUCGGCAAGAGAUUGCAAAGCUCCAAGAGGACAACAGAGCAUUAGAUCGUUUGACAAAGCAAAAGGAGGCAGCACUGCUAGAGGCAGAAAGGACUGUACAAACUGCAUUAGCAAAAGCUGCUAUGGUUGAUGACAUGCAAAACAAGAACCAAGAUCUGAUGAAGCAAAUUGAGAUCUGCCAGGAAGAAAAUAAGAUUUUGGAUAGGUUGCACCGCCAAAAAGUUGCGGAAGUCGAAAAGCUUAGUCAAACAGUCAGAGAGCUUGAAGAGGCUGUCCUUGCUGGUGGUGCAGCUGCUAAUGCUGUUAGAGAUUACCAGCGGAAAGUCCAGGAAAUGAAUGAAGAAAGAAAAGUUCUUGACCGUGAACUUGCUCGAACAAAAGUUACAGCAAACAGGGUUGCUGUUGUAGUUGCAAAUGAGUGGAAAGAUGGCAAUGACAAAGUAAUGCCUGUUAAACAGUGGCUUGAAGAGCGCAGAUUUCUGCAGGGUGAGAUGCAGCAACUUCGUGACAAACUUGCUAUUGCAGAGCGAACGGCUCGAUCGGAAGCUCAAGUAAAGGAAAAGUAUCAGUGGCGCCUAAAAGUUCUAGAAGAUGGAUUGAGGGGGCCGCCAAGUGGUUCUAGCCGUCCUCCUACAGAAGGAAGGAAUACAAGUAGUGGAUCUUCCCGUCGUCUAUCGCUAGGUGGAGCUGAUAAUAUGUCCAAAGUCUCCCCGGUUGGUGCAUUAAUGAGGAGAUCUCCAUCUUUCAAUUCUAGGCCCUCUCUUUCUACUGGCAGCAGCUUGGUCCUCAAGCACGCAAAAGGAACUUCAAGGUCUUUCGAUGGUGGUACGAGGUCUUUAGACAGGGGAAAGGUCCUUGUGAAUGGACCUCAUUUACUCAAUAGAUCUACAGAUGCUGUUGGGGACUGCGAGCCUACUGAUAGCUGGAAGGCUAGUGGAGAAGAGAAAAAUACUGAAACCACAAAUAGUGAUUCAACUGAUAUGGUCUCUGGCGUACUCUAUGACAUGCUGCAGAAGGAGGUGGUUUCAUUGAGAAAGGCAUGCCAUGAGAAAGACCAAAGCCUAAAGGACAAGGAUGAUGCAAUUGAGAUGUUAGCAAAGAAAGUAGACACCUUAACCAAAGCCAUGGAAGUGGAGGCUAAAAAGAUGAGGAGAGAGGUAGCUGCUAUGGAGAAAGAAGUUUCUGCUAUGCGCCUUGAGAAGGAACAAGAGAACAAGGCCAAGCGCCUUGGUAGUUUGAGAGGACCUGGCACAGUUUCUCAGGCACUUCCCGGAAGAAGUGCACCACGUGGUGGGUUGGCGCGCAAUGUCCAAUAACGCAUCGCACCUCUAACACCAGGCAGCAUGGAAUUCUUUGAUAGGUUCUGUUUCCCUUCGUGUCCCCCAAUUAAUUUUGUGAUUGAGAUUAGCACAGAUGACCCUCUGAUACCUAGAUUGGGGAAAAGAGUAGGCUUUGCAUCAUCUGACACCGACUUCGCUGUAAUGUACUCCCUCCGUAAACUAAUAAAAGAGCAUUUAGAAUACUAAAAUAGUGAUCUAAACGCUCUUAUAUUAGUUUACAGAGGGAGUAGUGGUGAAGGUGUAGUAAACCCUUCGGGUAAGGCUUGCUUAACCUUGCGGCACGCUCUCAUUUUGUCAAGGCAGUGCGCGUUGUGGUUGUAUAGGCUGGAGGAAGACCGACCCCGCGUCUUCGGGGAUCUUCUCUUCUCCCCAUCUGUAAUUUUUUAGCUAGUGUGGUUUCUUUUUGCUUGUCCGGGUUGUGGUUUGUGAAUAUCAUUUGUACCCUGCUGUGGUCGCCCUCUGUACCAUUCGUUCGUUUGUUGUUGCUGGGCUGGAGUUGGUUUUUGGAA